AUGGCUGAAGGAGUUGGUCUCUCCUUCUUGGGGAAAGCUCUGGGGGGAAUUGGAGAGUACUUGGUUGCUCCGAUCGGCAGACAGUUUGGUUAUCUGUUUUGCUUCAACACCAACAUUCAAAAUCUUGAGACUCAAUUGGACAGCCUAAAAGUGACAAGAGAAGGGGUUCAACUAGGGGUGGAUGAAACACGCAACAAUGUCAGAACCGUUGGACCUCAUCUUGAGGCAUGGCUGACUAAAGCAAAUGACAACAAAGCAGAGGCAGAGACAAUUAUUAAAGACAAGGCCCAAGUUCAAAAGGGGUGUUUCAAUGGGUGGUGUCCAAAUCUCAAGUUGCGUUACUCACUGGGCAGGAAAGCUGUGAAAAAAACACAGGAACUUGCUCUUCUCCAUGCUGAGGGUAGCAACUACAUUCAGUCGUCCUACAAUCCACCACCACCAAGCAUAGAACCUAUGCCUACAACAACAAAAUUCCAGGGGUUUGAUUCUCGAAUUCUGGUCAUGAACGAGAUCAUUGAGGCUUUGAAAGAUGAUGGGAUCCACUUGAUUGGGAUAUGCGGGAUGGGCGGAAUGGGCAAGACAACAAUGGCAAAAGAAGUUGCAAACAGAACCAAAUUGAAGAAAAACAUUAUCAACUAA